AUGGUUGACCAUGUGCAAGUCAGACCAGCAGUGCAACAUGCAUUAUGGACCCUGCCAAUCAAUUGCACAAAUGGUGCUGCUGCCUUCCUGCCCAUGUUUGAGGGCAUGUGUGUGAUGCUGACUGAGAAUCUAGCCAUGUCUAAAUCACUGGUGAAUGGCAUGAUUGGUACAAUCAUGGGGAUAUGGUAUGUUUCCAACUCAGAUGGCCAAUGGUAUCCUACUGCAGUUAUGGUGAACAUGCCUGGUUGUGACCAUGUGCAAGUUGGCUUACCACUGAACACUAUUUGUAUCCAGCCAACUGCAAAGACAUGGGUGUAUCAAACAACCGGAAGAACCAAUUUGAAGAAGGCUACACAUUCAAUUUCCCAAAAAUUUCUCCCUUUGCUUCCAGCAUACACUUAUACGGACUACAAGAGUCAGGGUUGGACCUUGCACAGGGCCAUUGUGGAUCUCUGUGGGUGCAGUACUCCACAAAGUGCUUAUGUGAUGCUCUCUCAGGUUUGA